AUGGCUGUGGACAAGAUUUACGUUUUGAUAACUAUAGGGCCCAAUCAAAUGGUUUCCUCAGAACAAAGCAAAGGCUUGCCUGAAGGGCAACUUCAAAAGAUGGUCCAUGACAUCAAGAACAAUGAAGGUGGAAUAAUGAACAAGAUCAAAAAGCUGAAAGUCAAAGCACCUCCAAGUGUUCCUCAAAGGGACUAUGCCUCAGAAGACCUUGCUGACGAAGAGGAGCAGUGGUCAGAUGACUUUACACACAGAGUUUCAGCCACCCUUCCUGUUAAAUGGUCCACAUGCUCCCCCAGGAUAGUGGUUCAGGACAGCGACUAUGAACACCCAGACGAGCACUCGGACUCGGAGAUGUACGUGCUCCCCGCGGAAGAGACUGGGGACGACAGUUACGAGCCGCCGCCCGCCGAGCAGGAGACGAGAACCGUUCACCCAGCCCUGCCCUUCACCAGGGGCGACUACAUAGACAAUCGAUCAAGCCAGAGGCAGUCUCCGCCCUUCAGCAAGACACUUCCAAGUAAGCCCAACUGGCCUUCGGCAAAGACAAGGCUGACCUCCACUCUGCCGGCCCUGACUUCUCUUCAGAAACCUCAAGUCCCACCCAAACCCAAAGACCUUGAGGAUGAGGCUGAUUAUGUGGUUCCUCUGGAGGAUGAAGACGAAAACUACAUUCAUCCCACAGAAAGCAGUUCACUCCCAGCUGAAAAAGCUCCCACGGUGAAUAGAUCUACGAAACCAAAUAACGCAUCGAAGCCAGCCUCUCCUCCUGGGACAGCGUCAGGUCGUAACAGCGGGGCCUGGGACGCCAAGUCACCUUCUCCUGCUGCGCCGUCCCCAAUGCCCCGGGCCGGGAAAAAACCAGCUACCCCACUGAAGACAACUCCACUUACGCCUCAACAGAACGCUUCAGCUGUUUGUGAAGAAAAACCCAUACCUGCUGAACGCCACCGAGCAUCUAGUCACAGACAAGAAAAUAUGCAGUCAUCAGUGUUUCCUCCUGCCCAGAAACAAAUCCAUCACAAACCUGUACCUCUGCCAAGAUUUCCAGAAGGGGGAAGCCCAGCUGUGGAUGGCCAGUUUUCAUCUAACCCUCAUUUGUCAGAACAGGAAGCUGACAUCCACUGCAAGCCGUGGUUUGCCGGUGCCUGCGAUCGAAAGUCUGCUGAAGAGGCUUUAUACAGAUCAAACAAGGAUGGAUCAUUUCUUAUUCGGAAAAGCUCCGGCCAUGAUUCCAAACAGCCAUAUACACUAGUUGUAUUCUUUAAUAAGCGAGUAUAUAAUAUCCCUGUGCGAUUUAUCGAAGCAACAAAGCAGUAUGCUUUGGGCAGGAAGAAAAAUGGUGAAGAGUACUUUGGAAGUGUUGCUGAAAUUAUCAAGAAUCAUCAACAUAGGCCUCUGGUUCUUAUCGACAAUCAGAAUAAUACAAAAGAUUGGACAAGAUUGAAAUAUGCAGUUAAAGUUUCAUAG